AUGGAAGGCGACACGCCUAACACUGCAGCAACAGAGGUGAAUGUAGCCAAAAAGAUAACAAAGAAAUUGGAAGCACCUGCUUGUCCAGCUGCCUCGAGCGGCGACGCAUCCCGAACCGCAGCAAAGCCAGACCAAUCUCGCGUGUCCGGUUUCGCCAACUUCGGCCUCAACGCGCACCCCAUCAAAUAUGUUGGACGAAAAGACACAGGAGCAAACAAUAAUGUUUAUAAGCUCACCCGAGCAAGUGCUAUUCAAUCAAGUUCGUCAGCGCCACAGCGCAGAGUUGUCGAAGCUGUUGACAUGGACGAGCUGGAGGAGCUUCUCAUUCCCGCAAACCAUCUACAGACCUACCGCGAACGAGGCUCCCUUCCAAUCGAUCCGCGUCCGAAAAUGCCAAACUAUCUGAAGUAUGACGGUGCUGUCGUGACCAAUCUUGGAUGGCGACCUAUGCACAAUCAAAAUGCGAGAAUCGUUCGAGGCCCUAUGGAGACGCCGCGGGAAGACGGAAGCAUCAACAAAUACUCGACGGAGCAAGAUAUACUGGUAGAGAAGCUGAGGAAGCAUGCUGCCGUCGCAGAAGAGCGCUCAAUACAGCAAUUGAACGACGACCGCGAAUUGGCAGAGCUUGUGGAGGAAUUUGAGAAGCCGUUGGUCGAUGAGAAGUAUUUCGGCCUCGAGAAUUACCUGCAGCACUCAGGUCUGUCUGAGGAAGGCCGGCUCAUCGACCGUAACGAACAUGAUAAUCAGCUCGAUGCGCAAUUGGGCCGACUCGACGGCAACAAGGAAGAAGCCAACGCUGGUAAGAAGAAGCACACCCAUCGGGCGACAGUUUUGUCUGACAAACUGCAACCAGACCCAGAUGCGUCCUCAUCUCGCCCCUCCAUUCCCAAGAAGGCUGUAAACGGUGCAGACAGCCCUGACAAUGCCAACGCCGUCAUCCAAAAUUCGACAUCUGAGCCGGCAUUAGAGCGGGCCGGGACGUUCGAGCUCAUUGAAAAUAACAGCGAUGCAGUGGUUGUGGGCCAGCCCGCCCCGGAAAAGCUCUAUGUUCGUCUGCGUCGCCUUGACACCGAUGGAGAUGAAACAUUUACUUUCCAGAACAUUUCGCACGGCUCAAUCGACUGGUCAGAUAAGAGCCACGUUCUAAGCAUCAACAAAUGGCGAUACGACAUCUUCCGUCGUCGCGGCAUUGCAGCCAAGCGCGUGAACGUCUUCUUCCAUCCCGAGGAAGAGGCGUGGCUGAUGCUCUUCCACAAGAAGAUCAAGCUGGUGGUAGAAGCUGGCCAUAUGAUCAAACUACCGGGUCCCGUUCCAACGAUGGAGUUUUUCAACAAAUUCUUCGUCGGCAAGGUGUUGCAGGAUGCCGAGGGAGACGACUUGCUGCCACGUGAGCCGCGCGACGAGUCGUCGAUGAAGAGCAAGUUUCAGCACGUGAAUAGCGGCUUCAAGAACAUGCGCAACGUCAUGCGCAAGCUCUUGGAAGGAAAAAAGGGUGGAGUGCUCUAUGUGCCCGUCAUUACAGAAGAGGAGUUCCUUCUAUACUAG